CUUAUGUCCUCGGCCGGGUGCUUUCAGCGCGCGCGCGAAAAUGGAUCUCGGCGAAUUCGAACGGGACAAUUCGGUGAAUUGUUUGUUGGCCUCGGUGGUGCCUCCUAUUUGUCGGACUGAGCCCUGUAGUUUGGGCAUCGAUGAGGCAGGCAGGGGACCAGUCUUAGGUCCCAUGGUCUAUGGAAUCUGUUUCUGUCCUGUGUCUCAGCAGGGAGACCUAGAAACAUUGAAAGUAGCAGAUUCUAAAACUCUGACAGAAGCUCAACGGGAAGAACUCUUUGAGAAAAUAGAUGCAGCUAAGGGGUUUGUAGGAUGGGCCCUACACAUCCUCUCCCCCAAUUUCAUCUCAACUAGCAUGCAGAGGCGGACAAAGUACAACUUGAAUGCACUGUCCCACGAUACAGCCAUUGGCCUAAUCCAGCAUGCACUAGAUUCUGGAGUGCAAGUUGCAGAGGUUUAUGUAGAUACGGUGGGACCAGCGGAGAAAUACCAAGAAAAGCUAAAGCAGCAGUUUCCUGAGCUGGAGGUUACAGUAAAGGCUAAGGCAGACUCUCUUUUCCCUACUGUAAGCGCAGCCAGCAUCUGUGCCAAGGUAGCACGGGAUCGGAUUGUAAAGAAUUGGAAAUUCUUGGAAAACCUGGAAGAAACAGAAUCGGAUUAUGGCUCUGGCUAUCCCAAUGAUCCCAAGACUAAAGAAUGGCUCGCUCAAAACCUGGAACCAAUCUUUGGCUUCCCACAGUUUGUACGAUUUAGCUGGAGCACAGCUCAGCUCAUUCUGGAGAGCAAAGCUGUGCCUGUUCAUUGGGAUGAUACUGAAGAUGACCCAUCCCAGCAGAGUGCAAAGUCCCUGCUGAGCUACUUUACCCGGAAAGUUUCCCCCGUCAAGCAUACACCCCAUCGCUUCUUUUAUGAACGCAAACUUGAGACAGUGACCAGCCUGUAGUGGAUGGCAGGUGGUUUUUGUCUUGUUCAAAAUCAUCUUACUUUGGCUUGACAGAAAACUUUCCUGAUGUAACGUCUACUUUUUAAUGGGAAGUCACAAAUCGUUUGAGCCAUAGCUACAAAACAGUGUGAAACCCAAAGGUUCAACUGAAAGAUACAAAAUUAAACAGAAAGAAUCUGAUAAAUGUUCUUCCUGGAGGCCCUCCUGCCCUUGUGACUAAUUCCUUUUUAAUUAAUAAAUUAUCUAAAACUGAUAGCGAGACUUUUUGUUUGAUGUAAAUUAAUAGGUACU